AAUUAAAUUCUCGUUUCAAAAACUAAACAAUAAAUAAAUAAUUUAUUGAAGAAAAAAAGUUUCAGUCUCAAUUAAAUUCGCGAUUUUCUUGCACCUGUAUAACUCGUAAUAAUCGAAAACUAAUAAAACAAAAAUAAAAAAGGAAAUUAAAAACUAAUAAUUAUGGCAAUUAAAUUUAUGAUACUGAUGCGCUACCUAGGCGAAUUCUGUGCUACAGCACUUUUGGUUUCGCUUAGUUGUCUGGGCUGUGCGGAUGGUAGCGAGAUGCCAAAAUUGCAAUAUGGACUCGUCGUCAUGAUAAUAAUACAUUGUUUCGGCUUCGUUUCUGGUGGGCAUGCGAAUCCAUGCAUCACCCUCGCCUGUUAUAUGAUGCGAUACAUUUCGCUGCAAAUGGCUUUAAUUUACAUGGUCGCACAAUUUCUUGGAGCUCUGACUGGUUUCUUUCUACUGACCGCCAUGCUGCCCUCAGAUUCUAUUAAUAAUGAUUUGUGUUUGGUGAAACCCAAUGGUAACUUGUCGUGGGAUCAAACUUUUGUCAUAGAGUUAGUUUUGACUACAACAUUAAUCUUCGGUUGGUGCGCUCUUUGGGAUGCGCGGAAUUCAUCUUAUUUAGACUCGGUUUCACUGCGUAUUGGAUUCCUAGUGGCGGCCUGCUCGCUAGCUGGUGGUCAAUGGACUGGCGCUUCUAUGAAUCCGGCAAUCGUCCUAGUGCCGGCAGCUUACCAUCAGAAAUUCGAUGAUACUUUAACCUUCAUGGCUAGUCAAUAUUCGGCAGGAAUUUUCGGACCAGUACUGUGGAAACUAUUAUUUUCGAAACGUAGCUUUUUUAAUAGUAGUAAGCCCUGUUAGUCCAUCCGUAAUUGUAAAUCCUUACGCUGGUACUAUUAACUAAAGUAAAGCGUAUGCAGAUUUUGAGAUAAAUUUUUCGAGAUAGUCUUAAAUUGUUGGUGAACUUUUAUAAACUUUUUUACAUUUUUUAAUGUUAUUUUGGCUGCAUGAUAAAUAACGAAUGAAAAAAUAAAUUACGUAAUAAAAGA